GCAGAUUGCUCGGCCGCGCGUCUCAGCCGCCGGGGCCCCGAGCGCAGGCGGCGAGGCCACCACACCUGCAGAGCGCUCGGGCUGCCCAGCCGGCACCUCGCCUCCCGCCGCGCGAUCCCCUUCUCCCCACGCGCCGAGUCUCCCAUGACGCCCGAGCCCCCCGGCCGGCGACAAUGACCACUUCCCUGCAAGAUGGGCAGAGCGCCGCGGGCAGGGCGGCUGCCCGGGAUUCGCCGCUGGCCGCCCAGGUGUGUGGCGCUGCCCAGGGGAGGGGCGACGCCCACGACCUGGCGCCGGCACCCUGGCUGCACGCGCGAGCGCUCCUGCCCCCUCCGGACGGGACCCGCGGCUGUGCUGCAGACAGGAGAAAAAAGAAAGAUCUUGAUGUUCCGGAAAUGCCAUCUAUUCCAAACCCUUUUCCUGAGCUAUGCUGUUCUCCAUUUACAUCUGUGUUGUCAGCAGACCUGUUUCCCAAAGCAAAUUCAAGGAAAAAACAGGUGAUUAAAGUAUACAGUGAAGAUGAAACCAGCAGGGCUUUAGAUGUACCCAGUGACAUAACGGCUCGAGAUGUUUGUCAGCUGUUGAUCUUGAAGAAUCAUUACAUUGAUGACCACAGCUGGACCCUUUUUGAGCACCUGCCUCACAUAGGUGUAGAAAGAACAAUAGAAGACCACGAACUGGUGAUUGAAGUGCUAUCCAACUGGGGGAUAGAAGAAGAAAACAAACUAUACUUUAGAAAAAAUUAUGCCAAAUAUGAGUUCUUUAAAAACCCAAUGUAUUUUUUUCCAGAGCAUAUGGUAUCUUUUGCAACUGAAACCAAUGGUGAAAUAUCCCCCACACAGAUUUUGCAGAUGUUUCUGAGUUCAAGCACAUAUCCUGAAAUUCAUGGUUUCUUACAUGCGAAAGAACAGGGGAAGAAGUCUUGGAAAAAAAUUUACUUUUUUCUAAGAAGAUCUGGUUUAUAUUUUUCUACUAAAGGAACAUCAAAGGAACCGCGGCAUUUGCAGUUUUUCAGCGAAUUUGGCAAUAGUGAUAUUUAUGUGUCGCUGGCAGGCAAAAAAAAACAUGGAGCACCGACUAACUAUGGAUUCUGCUUUAAGCCUAACAAAGCGGGAGGGCCCCGAGACCUGAAAAUGCUCUGUGCAGAAGAAGAGCAGAGUAGGACGUGCUGGGUGACCGCGAUUAGAUUGCUUAAGUAUGGCAUGCAGCUGUACCAGAAUUAUAUGCAUCCAUAUCAAGGUAGAAGUGGCUGCAGUUCGCAGAGCAUAUCACUUAUGAGAAGUAUAUCAGAGAAUUCCCUGGUAGCAAUGGACUUCUCAGGCCAGAAAAGCAGAGUUAUAGAAAAUCCCACUGAAGCCCUUUCAGUUGCAGUUGAAGAAGGACUCGCUUGGAGGAAAAAAGGAUGUUUACGCCUGGGCACUCAUGGUAGCCCCACUGCCUCUUCACAGAGCUCUGCCACAAACAUGGCUAUCCACCGGUCCCAGCCAUGGUUUCACCACAAAAUUUCUAGAGAUGAGGCUCAGCGAUUGAUUAUUCAGCAAGGACUUGUGGAUGGAGUUUUCUUGGUACGGGAUAGUCAGAGUAACCCCAAAACUUUCGUACUGUCAAUGAGUCAUGGACAAAAAAUAAAGCACUUUCAAAUUAUACCAGUAGAAGAUGACGGUGAAAUGUUCCACACACUGGAUGAUGGCCACACAAGAUUUACAGAUCUAAUACAGCUGGUGGAGUUCUAUCAACUCAAUAAGGGCGUUCUUCCUUGCAAGUUGAAACAUUAUUGUGCUAGGAUUGCUCUCUAGACAAACCAGAAGUGACUUAUUAAACUAUUGAAGAAAAAGGACUCAAGAAAAAUAAUGAAAGACCUUAAAUAAGGGUGAAAACGUUACCAUGUGAAAAGAAUGUAUUUUACCUGCAAGUUACAAAAAAAUAGUUUGUGCAUUGCAAAUAAGCAAAGACUUGGAUUGACUUUACAUUCAUCAUUUAAAAUUCAUUAGUUAAAAUUAAAACUUAGAAAAAAAUGACUUGGUGUGUUCUUGUGUGAUUUUUACAUUACUAUAAUAUUUUCUUCAAAUAUGCAUAUUUAAAACCUGUCUCCCUUAUUUACUAUAUAGCAACAUCAGAAUUCUGAAACACAAAAUAUGAAAUAAAUUGGGGGUCAGAAAUAAUUAUUCGUGCACUAAAUUUCAAUUAUACUAUUUUUUAAUGUUAAGAAAUAUGAUAAUAACUUAUCAAUUAAAAGAAACUAUCCACAACCUGUUAAUGAAACUGAAAACUAUUUUGAAUUAUAUAUUUUCUGGGUUUAUGAUCAUCUUAAAAUGAAAUCAUAUUUUGAGAUAGUAGCUUUAAACCAUUUUGAAAUAUGUUGAUUUUUUCCAGGUAAUUUAAAAAUAUUAUUAAAUAGUUAAUUAUAAAAUUUA